AUGGCUUUACAAGAUUUGCUAGCGCGCAUCUCUAAGCUCCUCGUGCUAUCAUACGUGAUCGACUGGGUCUUUAUCAUUGGAAUUGCGCUCAUCGGAUAUGGAUUUUCCAAAGUCGACCCCAGCCAACACCCCUUCUCCCUAACCGACCCGACUAUCGCCUUUCCCUACAAAGAAAAUGAGACUGUAUCGACCGCAGCUCUGAUCCUUGCUGGAUUGCUGGCUCCCGCCGUCAUAGUGUUUGCUGGAGCACUCUUCAUUGUUCCCGGAACAGCGGCUGAAGGUGGUCCGCGGCCUUCCAAGUCGCAGAUCCUACGGCGCAAGGUCUGGGAAUGGAACGCAGGAUGGAUGGGUCUGGCCGUGUCGCUAGCGGGCGCAUUCAUGGCUACCCAGGGAUUGAAGAGUCUAUUGGGGAAACCACGUCCGGAUAUGCUUGCGCGAUGCAAUCCGGAUCUCAACGCCAUUGAGGAGAAUCUUGUCGGUGGACUUGGUGUUGCCGGAGCACCCAUAAUCGUCACCUGGAAAAUCUGUCAAGACCAGUCCGAUUUCCUCAAGGUGGAUGGGUUUACCUCUUUCCCUUCGGGUCACGCCUCCUUUGCGUUCUCUGGACUAGCCUACCUGACGCUAUGGUUUUGCGCCAAAUUUUCCGUUGGCUUCCCAUACUUGUCAUAUUUCCCAACUGAAGGCCAAAACUAUUCCGACGACCGUACUUCAGUGCGAACCCGUGGUGCCGCACCGCCAGUUCUGAUGAUGAUAUUCGCACUCGUACCUACCGCAACGGCAACCUUUAUCGCAGCAUCGCGCUGGGCUAAUUGUCGACACCACGGCUUUGACGUGUUAUUUGGCUCUGCGCUGGGAAUCCUCUUUGCCUACAUUGGAUUCCGCAUGUACCACCUCCCGAUCCAGCGUGGAGCUGGUUGGGCUUGGGGACCGCGGGCGCGCCGUCGAGCUUUCAUCCGAGGCAUUGGAUUCCCCAGUUCUUUGGGCAUAGAUAGUUGGUCUUAUGCCCCUGAAAUCGAGCAGGGUGGUCGGAACGGAAUCCAUGCAGAGUCCAAUGUUGUUCAUGAUGAUAGCUACGUGGAACGUGAGGCUGAGCACAUUCCCAUGCAAGAACAACCGGCGCAUAGUCCGGUUGAAAGAGUAUAA